GUCCGGCCCGGAAGUUGUGUAGUUUCUGAGCGCUAGUUAGCCUGUUAGCUAUGGGUGUUUGUUUUAGAACCGGAAGCUGAUUUAGCUAGUCUAAGUUGUUAGCAGCUGCAGUGAGAAGGUUUUCACCUAGCCGCCAUGUUGGGGUGAAUUUGCGUAUUUAAACUAAAACCAGGAAGUGUUUAGCUGCGCUAGCUAGCUAGCUAGCUAGCUGUUGGUUUGUCAGCUGACUCAUCACAUGACUUCUAGUCUGUCCGGGUUGCACCAGAGAAUCUCUUCAUUUCUCCGCAGACAUCCAUACCAAGCUGCUGCAGGAAGAUAAAUGGAGAAAAAGUGAAGAUUCUCCAUCAUGAGGGAAGAAUGAGGCUGAAUACCCAGUGAGGAGGAGCAGCAGCCGGGGUAAACAAGCGAGCUAAAUCUGGUUUCUGCUGGUGGACCUUUCCUAAUUUGGGCGUUGAAGAGAUCUUUGAAAAUGGGUCCAGAUGGGAAGAAGCUGCUGAACAUCAUCAUCCUCGGCUUUGGCUUCAUGUUCAUGUUCACUGCUUUUCAGACAUGUGGAAACAUAGAGCAAACUGUUAUCAAGAGCUUCAACAGCACCGAGUUUCAUGGGAGCGGCUACACGAGCAUGGCCAUCAUUUAUGGUGUUUUCUCUGCAUCCAACCUGGUGUCCCCCUCUGUGGUGACAGUCAUCGGACCCCAGGUCUCCAUGUUCCUCAGUGGUAUUUUAUACAGCGGUUACAUCGCCAUGUUCAUCCACCCGUUCACCUGGAGCUUCUACACAGCGUCUGUGUUGGUCGGCAUCGCCGCUGCAGUUCUGUGGACUGCUCAGGGAAACGUGUUGGCCAUCAACUCCAGCGACGGCACCAUCGGCAGAAACAGCGGCAUAUUCUGGUCGCUGCUGCAGUUCAGUUUGUUCUUUGGGAAUCUCUACAUUUACUGUGCCUGGCAUGGACACGUCCACAUCACUGACCACGACCGCAGGACGGUGUUCAUCUCUCUCACCGUGAUCAGUUUAGUCGGCUGCUUCCUCUUCUUCCUGAUCCGGAAGCCUGACCCAGACUCUUCCUCUCGUUCUGAGGUGACGGAGUCUCUGCUGCAGACAGAGUCCAUAGACGGGUCCACAGACAGCUCAUCUCCACCGGACCUCUGCUCUCAGGCUCUGGAUGCUUUUGUUAAAGCCUGUAAAAUAUCGGUCACCAAGGAAAUGCUGCUGCUGAGCGUCUCUAUUGGAUACACAGGUCUGGAGCUCACCUUUUACAGCGGUGUGUACGGGACAUGCAUCGGAGCCAUGACACGCUUUGGGUCCGAUGCAAAGAGUUUGAUCGGAAUCUCUGGAAUUUGUAUCGGCAUCGGAGAGAUCAUAGGAGGGGGCGUCUUUGGGCUGCUGAAUAAAAACAACCGUUUUGGGAGGAACCCUGUGGUGCUGCUGGGACUCAUCACUCACUUUGUUGCGUUCUUCCUGAUUUUCCUCAACAUUGCCAGUGAUGCUCCGCUGGCACCAGAGGGCGGGACAGAUCUGAAGGCUUUCAUCACACCCAGUGUCGGGGUGGCGUUGCUCUGCAGCUUCCUGCUCGGACUGGGAGACAGCUGCUUCAACACGCAGCUCCUGAGCAUCGUCGGCUUCAUGUUCCGCGACAACAGCGCCCCUGCCUUCGCCGUCUUCAAGUUCAUCCAGUCCAUCAUGGCCGCCGUGGCCUUCUUCUACAGUAACUACCUGCUUCUCCACUGGCAGCUGCUUAUCCUCGUCAUCGUUGGCUUUUUGGGAUCCAUCUCAUUUUUCGCAGCCGAGACGGUCGCCGAGUCCAAAAAGAGGGACUCGGACUACGACAGCAUCUGAAGCAGGACGUGUUUGGCUUCGUCAGCUGGAGAACCAUCUGACCAGAACUCCAGGUGAUCGAUGCUGAGGUUUGGGUUCCACCGAGAGGCUCGGUUUGUUGCUGGAGGUAGAAACUCAUCUUUAUCUGAAAUAUGGAGUCAAUCAGAAGGACAGACUGUCAUCUCCAUUCUUUACUGCCUGGUUUCACUCUUUAAAUCUGACUUUAUUACACUUUGCUUGUUGGUGGAGGAAAAAUAUGGGACACUAGAAUAAAAGAUGAUGGUAUGUGAUAAUGGAGCUGCUCCAGACACAGUGACCCACUGGACUUACUUCUUGUUCAGCUGCUCUGGCUGAAUGUUCUGGCUUCAUUCUGGAGAAAAAGGCCAGGAUCCUCCUGGAUGCUCCUCUGAUUAAUGCAGUCCUCCCCAGCUUGUCAGUCUAGGUCAGAGGUCGAGGGCCGGUGUCCUUCAACCUUUACGUGUGUCCGAAGCCUGAUCAAGUGACUGAAUCACCUUCUCAUGCACACAGCUCCUACUGAGUGCUUCUAAUGAUGUGAUACAGGUGUGUUGGACUAUGGAAACAUCUAAAGGUUGCAGAACACCGGCCCUCGAGGACUGGAGUUUGACACCUGCACUCUAGGUGGACCUCCAUGUCCUGGUAGGUCUGCAGUUGGUCCAUCCUGUCUCCAUGUUCAGAUGAUGGUUUGAACAGAGCGCUGGGAGAUGUUCAACGCCUGGGAUGUUGUUGUAGAACCUGACCCAGCUUUAAAUGCAACCAGAACUAAACAGAACAGCUGCAGCUAGACCCAGAUGAAAUGGCAACUGGACUCUGGUUAGGUUAGGUAUCGUUAGGCUGAACGGGACUUUAUUCAGAUCCUGAAUAUAAAAACACGCCACACUUUUUAGAUUUUUAUUAGUAAAAAAUGUUACAUUAUGUCAACAGCCUUGAAUCCUUUUCCUUCCUCCUCAGAGGUUCUGCUCUACCCCGUGCUGUUCUGCCUUCCCUGAAGUCUGUGUUUGGACCGGGACAAAAUGUUCAGGGGUGUAAAUACUUUAGCAAGGCUCCAUAUCACAGGAAGUCUGACUGAAGAGCAAAGGGGACCGGAUCAGAACUUUUGGGCAGGAAGUUUUGUCUUUAACGACCCAAAAUCAGGUUAUUCCAACCAUGAUUCAAAACAAACAGAACCCAUCAGAACCCAAGCCUGAACAUUUUAUACUCUCCAGCUGUGCAUGUCUGGCUUGUUUUUACAAACAUUUCUUUUCUGGUUUGUUGGGAAGUGAAAUCUAGAAGAAAGUCAAACUUCUCGGAACCCAGCAGCCUUCAGCAGAACCCAUCUCAUGGUGGAUUUUCUGUUAGAUUUCUAUGGGACCAUAAAUCUGCUUCAGCUGCUUCCUGCAGCAGCUUUAGACCUAGUCGAUCCUGAUUCUGACUCUGCGCUCCAUUAACAGUCCUGUGACCGGCUCUGGUUCUUGUGUCUGAUUGUCCAGCAGGGGAGACAUUAGGGGGACAGAGACACAGUGAGAUGGUCGGUUAGACGAUCCAUCUGCUGAACAUUAGAGACAACAAACAGUUUUAUUUCUGCUGGAACAACAUUCAGAAGGUGAUUGGAUUAAAUACUAACCCUAAUUCUUUAUAUGACCGGAACCGGGUCCAUUUAAACAUAAUAAUGAUUAAAAGUGAAACGGCAGACAGAACUCGUUCUAAAACACUCCAGCUCCAUAAAUAACCCUGCUAAAUUGGUUCUGUUCAGCCUGAGCAGAUCCAACAUGUGAAUCUCCACAGGUCUCCUGAGCUCUGAGUCUGGCAAAUAUUAUCCUGCGAUGCUGGUUGAGUCCGAAGUAAACAAAGAAACAUUUGUUUAGUGAAUAGAACCAGUCUGAUCCAAAAGAGACAGAACAAUAAACCCAUCUGAUUGGGACAUCAGAUGAUGGAUCAUGAACUUCAUCUUUAAUUUUCACCCAUUUAAAUCUGCUGAUGGAACCACUGGAAAUCCCUGAUUAUCCAUCAAAGUGAGAACAUUUCAUAUGUAGCUGCAGAUGUUUAACCUCUGACCCCACCAGACCAGAACUUUGGUUCCUGCUGCCUCCUUCCUGUGAUCUUCUCAGCAGGUAAAUGCAGCUCAGUAGGGAUUAAGAAUGGACACGGAUUAGGAGAGUUUUUCCAUGGAAGCGGUUCUAGUCUUAGAGAAGGUUCUGUGCUGAACCUGGAUCUGAGCGUUGACAGGUUUGACUAAAAAAGAAAGGGCAGCAAAGAAGCGGGUCGGUUCUCCAGAGGCUGCAUGAAGACACCAGAUUCUGAUCUUCUCCUCCAGUUAAUGCUUCAUCAUUUCCACCGUUCUGAUUUCUAAACCCAGUUUCAGACAUUGCAGAGUGUCGGCAAAGCCCUUUAGUUCAGGUCAGUUCAGUUUAGCCCAGUUCAGUCAGAUCCAGUUCAGCUGGAUUCAGGUCAGUUUAGUCCAGUUAAGUCCAGUUCAUGUGUGUCCAGUUUAGUCUAGAUCAGUCUGGUUCAGUCCUGCUGAAUUGAUCUGAAAGGGAAAUUAGAUUAAUUGAUGAAAAUUAUUUAAUGUUGAAACUCAGUUUUGUUGUUUUAUGUUCUGGAUUUUGAGCCCGCCUUUAGCUCAUUCCUCUGGACCAGCACAGAAUGAGAUAGAACUAGUUUUAUGGUACCAGAACCAGUGGAAGUUGAUGUUGAUCCACCUGGUUGUGAAAACAUCCAGAUCAAAUCAGGUACGUUCACUUGUCGUCUUGAUGUCAACAGUUUCAUCCUGGAACAACUCAAGCCAAGUUGAACUAACUGCAGAAAGGUCCAUCGCUUCCAGUCCGUUUGGAUCAGUGGGAAUAUUUGGGGUCCAGUUAGUAGCUGGUUCAGCUUUGUACAUCACCUCAUCAAAAUGGUCAACUGGUUCUAAGCUGGGCACCGAAUCCAAGUCCCAGCUGGAGGCACUUUGGUCCAGAUGGAGUACCAGUCAGAAAACAAAUCAAACCUGUUACUUUAUUAAUAAAGUCACUCAGCUGAUCAACAGAUUAAUAUUGACUUGGUUUAUGUUAAAUAAUUUAAUCUUGUUGGUUUCUCAGGACCUUUGUUGGGCUUUCUUCUCCUUCAUGAUGUUUAAAUGCUCCACUGAGCUUCAUCUGCUCCAAGCUGAUCUCAGGGUUGCUUUCCUCUGAUUUAAUCCAGGAUAAUAAAGGAAAUAAAUGAAUGAUGGGAGUUUAUACUUGAAUGUUGGAAUGCUUGUUUUAAUGCCAAUAAAACCUUAUUUUGAACAUUGAGUGUUUAUCUGAAUAAACCAGAAACCAAAAUAAAUAUGGAAGAAAUGAACAGAAAAGGUUUUAAUUUGCUUUUUUCUGACUGCGUUUUGGAAAUGGGUCAGUUUUUGUUCUUGUAUCACAGACGGUUUGUUGGUGCUGGUCAACUGGAAACCAGUCUAAGAAAAUGUUGUUUCAAAUAACAGCUGGGUGUGGGAGACAAAACUAUAUUCAUUUCUGUAGUGAACAAUUUCAGCAAUGAUACAGACAUUUUCUCAGAUAGUAUCUGCAUCAAAUUUAAAGAAGAAAUAAUAAGAACAAUGUUUUUCAAAUUUGACAAACUAAUCAGAAAACGUUAUUGAUUGUAAGUGAAAUAAUUACUGUCUUGUAAUACAUUGAUAUAUAAAACCUAUUUAUAUUAUGGUUCAGUUUCAAGCAUAAAGUAAUGCUUAUCAAUCUCUUCUUCAUCUUCUAAUUAAAUAAUAAUGCCAGUUGGACCACAUGUGAUCUGAUUUUCAAGCCAUUGUUUUUGUCCUUUAAUUACAUAUUGUAAUUCUUAUUGCCCCGACAUUAUGUGCAAUCAUUUAAAUGUUUUACCAACACUUUUAUUUUUGUUAAAUCCUAAAAUAAAUUUGGUGUGUGUACUUUCA